AUGUCAAGCCUUGCCGGUGCACUGGACGAAUAUCCACAAUCCCACCACCUCAAAGAGGCACCUACCCGAACAUAUUACUCCGACGACAUCGAAAUGAACAAUUCCGCCCAUGCAAUCAACAAAGAUGAUUCCGAAGACGAGGAUGAACAGCAGGACGAACACAUGUCGGACCUUUUUGGAAAUGACAACGAUGUAGAAGUGCAGAGACAUGCCAGGGCCCCAGCAUCGCCCACUGCAUCCGGUCCCGAUUCUGAGCAGCUGCCAUCACCAGAGCGCGAACACAGACACGCUCUAGAGUACGAUGAAGAGGACGAAGCACCUCCGGAAGCGGUCGUGGAAGUGAAAGAGGCUGAAGUUUCGUUUCCGAACCUUCCUGUUCCCAAGUCUUCAGAUGGACAUAACUGGGUUAUUCGAAUGCCGAAUUUCGUUAAAGUCGAUACUAAACCCUUCCAUCCCGAUACAUAUGUCGGUCCUGACGAGGAGGAGGCACUUGUAGGCGCCGCUGCUCGGGAGAAAGCAAAUACCAUAAAAUUGAAAGUCGGAAACAUGCUUCGUUGGCGCUGGACUAAAGACGCGACUGGCGAAGAUCGGAAAGAAUCCAAUAGCCGUAUUAUUCGUUGGUCUGACGGUUCUCUAAGUUUGCGCCUCGGCAAAGAACUUUUCGACAUAGACCAAUCUAUCGACAACUCAGGUUCUGUUGUUCGUCAAUCUGUGGGAUCUCAGCAACCGUCUCAAUCUCAAACUCAAACAACAAGUCAGCCGACGCCUGGCACAGGCAAGACUGAGGGACUAACGUAUCUAGUGGCACAACAUAAGCGUUCUCAGGUGCUACAAUCAGAAGCUAUCAUCACAGGCUACAUGAGUCUUCGCCCAACUGGCAUGUCCUCCGAGGUUCACCGUAUGCUUGUACGCGCCGUUGAGCAGAAGCACAAACAAGUCGCGCGUCUGAAAAUGGUAAACGACCCUUCCAUAGACCCCGAAAAAGAAAAGAUGGAGAUGAUGAAGCAAAGCGCAAGAAAGUCGAGAAAGAGGACAGACGACAACGAUGGUCUCGGCUCUGGAAAACGAAGACGCAAUUAUCGUAGGAGCACUGACCACGACGUCAUGUGGAGUGACGAUGAUGAGGAUCCUGCUGGAAUGUAUGGUGGUGGCUCUGAAGAAGAUGAAGACGGUAUAGGUGCUAGUGGGUCGCCACGCAAAGCGAAACGAAAGUCUGGAGAAGGAAAGGGAGAAGAAGAUUACCAAGCCGAUGACUUUGUUGUACCGGAUGAUUCAGAGGACGAUGCUGAUGCUGGUCCUAGUCGGAAGCGCCAGAAAGAGGAUAGCGAUGCAGAGGACGAUCUUGAAAGAAUGGAAGCUAAUCUAGAGAAGCAGGCCGCAGCAGAGAAAAAGAACCGCGGAGGCGACACCAAGAAAUCAAAAAGGAGAAACGAUGACGAUGACAACGAUACAGAAGACGAUGGAGCAGGCGCUAUGGAAGUUGAGAGCGAAGAGGAAGAGGACGAAGACUUCAAGGUGCGGCGCGUCACGAGCAAACGCGCCAUCGCUUUCGACGACGACGACGAAUAG